AUGACCACAGAGAUCACCAGAAUCAUAUUCUCGAUCUUGCAACCAGAUCAAACAGAAUUGAUUCUACCCAGUGGUUUCCAAGUACAGGUUGUUGAGUCCCUGGCCGACAUUGCUUGUUCCCCGUCGAGUGCUAUAAAGAAGUUCCAAUACGUUGCACUCGUCCGGGAGGAGAAGCUUCUAUUAGUGUGGCAUGACGAGCUGGAGAAGAUACUUGUCCACGCAGAAGAUGUGGAGGAAAAGCUUCUUGCAUUUAUUUGCGGGACACGCAUCUCUGUGUUUGCUCCAUCUCAAUCUGCUGGCUACUCUCUUCCACAUUCAUCUAUUGGAUCACCGGCUGCUUCGACUCGCAACUUUGUCCCUGGCUGGAAUAAAGAAGCCAGCGGCAUGGCAAACAAACCACUGCACAUCUCUGACGAGGAAGCAGCAAAACCGAUUGAAUCGUUGGACCGGCCGCUCGCAUUGACGAGUUCAAUAUUCGUCGGCCUGGGAAUGUGCUUGAUCGUUGUACUUCUCAUGGGAUUUGGCGUCUCCAAUCUUUUGCUACAAUCUCUUGUAGAUCGGACAUGGAUUAGAUUUGCAUUGGUUGCAUCUUUACCGAUCUUCAUGCUCUUUAGCGUUUUCUUCGUUAUUGUAAUAUUCUCCGAUAUUUUCCAAGCGGUUGGUCCUAUAAAGACGCUGAAGACAAAUUCCCGGUUCUAUUCCCCUGUUCGACCCGAUCUUUCGCAAGCCUACGCCUUAGGAUUUAAACCGCCGCGCAUCACCAUUCAGCUUCCCGUCUACACCGAGUCAUUGGCUGGAGUUAUCAACCCCACCGUCACAAGUUUAAAAGCUGCAAUAUCCUAUUACGAGUCUCAUGGAGGGAGUGCAACGAUUUUUGUCAAUGACGACGGCCUCGCAUACCUCUCAGAAGAGCAACGGGAAGAACGCAUCGGUUUCUAUCACGAUAACAACAUCGGCUGGGUCUCACGCCCUAAAAACAAUGAGGACGGGUACAUUAGAAAGGGCAGGUUCAAGAAAGCUUCCAACAUGAACUUUGCCCUUAAUGUCUCCAAUAAGGUUGAAGAUAGGCUGCUUGAACUGCUUGCAGAGACAUUGGAAACCACUGAAAUGAUCGAUGCUUCCCAGGAAGAAGCCUUUUAUAAACUAGCUUUACAAGAGGUUCUUGCUUCCGAUAGCCGAAUUAAGGCGGCAGGAGACAUUCGCAUUGGAGAAGCGAUUCUCAUUGUCGAUGCGGAUACUAGAGUGCCGGUAGAUUGUUUACUCUAUGGAGCCGCCGAAAUGUUUUUGAGUCCCGAAGUUGCUAUCAUUCAGCAUUCCACUGGCGUCAUGCAAGUCGUUGGUGACUAUUUUGAGAACGGAAUCACCUUCUUUACAAACUUGAUUUACUCCUCUAUCCGAUUUGCGGUCGGUAGUGGCGAGACAGCACCGUUUGUUGGGCACAAUGCGUUCCUUCGCUGGAAAGCCGUUCAAUCCGUGGGCAAGCCGGACGAUGGCUAUGUAGCCUACUGGUCUGAAAGCCACGUGUCGGAAGAUUUCGAUAUUGCACUUCGUUUGCAAAUCGCAGGCGAUAUCGUGCGCCUUGCCAGCUACCAUGGCGAUGAGUUCAAAGAAGGCGUGUCUUUGACUAUCUAUGAUGAGCUGGCGCGAUGGGAAAAAUACGCAUAUGGGUGCAACGAGCUAGUGUUUAAUCCGAUCUAUACUUGGAUUUACAAGGGCCCGUUCACUAGGCUUUUCAUGACAUUCCUCUGGUGCAACAUGCAGCUAUCAUCUAAAAUUACCAUUUUGGGAUACAUUUCUUCAUAUUAUGCCCUCGCAUCAGGAUUUCCGUUGACUAUCCUAAAUUACUUUUUGGUCGGCUGGUUCAAUGGUUACCUGGACAAGUUUUAUAUCGAAUCGUGGAAAGUCCUACUGAGUCUUAUCGUCGUAUUUUCUCUCCUCGGAAACGUAACCCUCGCUAUAAUUCGCUCCCGCCUCUCAGAAAAGAACCUGUGGUCCGCUCUCGUUGAGAACUUCAAAUGGAUGCCCAUGAUGGCCAUCUUUUUCGGCGGUGUCUCGUUUCAUCUCAGCCUAGCUCUCCUUUCCCAUAUGCUAUCUAUCAAGAUGGAAUGGGGAGCAACAGCCAAGGAAAAGGUUGACUCCAAUUUCUUCAAAGAAAUACCCAAGAUAUUCAAAAGCUUCAAGUGGCUGUAUGUUGUCCUCCUGCCCUUGCUUGCUGGCAUGGUGUAUCUUGGGAAUUUUGCUCCAAGGGGCUGGGAAAUCACAGAGGUCGCAGCGGUCGUGCCCAUGGCAGUAACCCUAUCUUUACACGCUCUUCUUCCCUUACUUCUUAACCCCUCACUGAUGAUCUUUAACUACUAA